AUGAGCCAACAGUCUAAGACGGAUUUGGAUAUUACGAAUAGCAGCCGUGGGGUGUGGCUGGUCAAGGUACCUAAAUAUUUGGGGAACAAAUGGGCAGACUGUGCUGGCCAUGACGUUGGGAAGCUUGAGAUUACCAAGGUUCCUGGAAAACCUUCAACAGUCACCUUAAAGUCAAGUGAACACACGUUAAAGGACUGCAAAAUUCCUCGGGAGCACACGGUAAUCUCUCAUAGUCUUAAGGGAAUGAGACUCGGAAUAUUUUCUCAACCAGUCCGCGGCAACAGUUCAGAUGCUGCAGUUCCCGAGACACAGAAAUUGUGCUUUGAGGGACAAGUCGUCGAAAAAGUAAGAUGUCAGCCUGUAGUGGACGACUACUAUAUCAAUCUGAAAAAAGAAGCGAAAAAGAAAGCUGCCCAGCCUCUAAACAAGGCAAAGCUUAUUGACAGUCCCGUCAAUGUCUAUAAGCCUACUUCGCAUCAUGAACAUGAUGUUCAUUUAAAACAAAGGAAGGCUGUACGUAGGAUGGUUCGUGAUGAUAAAGAUAAGGUCAUGGAGUUGUUGUUUGCGGCAUUUGAAAAGCAUCAGUAUUACUAUAUUAAGGAUCUCCGAAAGAUUACCCAACAACCAAUCACAUAUCUAAAGGAGAUCCUGAGGGACCUAUGUAACUAUAAUGUUAAGAAUCCACACAAGAAUAUGUGGGGACUCAAGCCUGAAUACCAUUAUUAUAAGCCUGACGAAUAG